CGUAAACAUCAACGAAUGAUCCGUUCAAGAGGAAAAAUUGAAGGUUCCGUGUCAUUUACAGCUUUUUCAUAAUCAUGAAUGAUUCUGUUUUAAUGCCAUAUAAUAAAAUACCACAAUAUCAGCUUGCAACAGUGUUGCUUGUUGGAUCUGAGGGUAUUGGUAAACAUGACUUUGGGAAGUGUUUGAUCAAGAAUUCCUGGUUCUACCUGCAGGUGAGGACAGCUAUCACCCUCCCUCUGCCAUUAACCUCGGACAAAUCUCGCCCCAGGAUAGACUACAUCUGCUUCCUGAUUGAUCUGACCAGCAGAGAUAGCUUAAAAACAGUAGAGGAAUCACUGAAGCAUGUUGAUGUUCGAUACUUCCUAGGACAGUGCUGUUUUAUUGCCCUAAAAGUGAAGAAUCCAGAGAAGAGAGCCAUUUUUAUUGAACAAAUUGUUCAGCUUUCGAAGCAGUAUAAAUCAGAUGUGUUGUAUGGCUCAUUUGAGACAGAAGAAGAAUCCAUAUUUCUUGCAGAACAAAUUCUGAAAUCUGUUGAAAUUGCAGCAGGUAUGCAGAAAAAUGUGACGCCCAUGUUUUUGGAAAGUACGCGAUUUGUGGGGACAGAGGAGGAGGGAGAGAAGUGACGGAUCUGAUGGAGUGUCUUGUUUAUCCCUGAUUACUCUCAUAAAGAUUGAGAGCUUGAAGGCUGGUGGCAAACCCCAAAUUAUACAAUUCACAAAUUAUGAAUAUACAUUCCAUGUAUUGCUAUGGAACUGCGAAAAAGACAGUGCCACAUGAUUGCUUCACAGAGUCAUUGAAAGAAUGUGUUUUUUAAUACAAAAGAAGUUAUAGUUGAUUUGCCAAAAGCAAGAAAUCGCUUACUUUUAGUAGUUUCUAUUUCGUACCCUUACAUGUUAGCAGUGACCAGGAAUUGGCACUUUAAGAACCAUCAGAUGCUACCAGAUACCAUAACUUCCAUUCUUACACAUUACUUACACAUUACAGAUAUACAUGUAUUCCAGUAUUAGGUAAAGCAUGUAUUUAAACCAUCUCCAGACCUGUUUACUCUUACGGUUUUGACAUAUUUUGUAUGGAUUCCGAGUCCGAAAUGCAUCUCAUAUUUUGCUAUUAUGAUAAUAAUACGGAAAUCGGAAAGCCAUUCACUUGAAUUUUAGCAGUAAGUUUUCGUUAUGUUCUGUCUCAGUUUGACACUUUUUAAUCAAUAAAAAGAGAGAUUUUAAACAACAUCUACAUGCAGUGUAGAUACAAAUUUAGUUUCAUAUCAUUGCCCUUUGGACCAGUGGGAUUUCCUAUGGUUCUUGUUUUUUUUUUUGUUAUCAGUAGAAAGAAAUUUUAGAGCACAGGUAAAAAGACUUAGAAAUACAUACCUUGUGAGGUUCGAGUGACUGUUAUAGGCCAUGAGCCUUUUGAUUGCAACUGCUAAAAUACUUGUUUUUAUACUGUAUGUCAUAUUGCCGAGUGUAUUGAGUUUGUACAGUAUGUUAUAUUGUUUUUAGCCACAGGAUUUCUUUGGUUACUUGUUUUGUUUGUUACAUGUAUUUCCGAUGAUAAUUUUUUUUUCACCUGUAUUUGUUUAAUGGUCAAUAAGAACAUAUUUUCUGCUGUUCGGUAUACAGACUAAAUCAAGGAAGUACUAAUUCUAUAAUGAGAAAUUAUAUCUGAUUUUUUCCUCAAUCUAAUUGAGAUAAAAAUCUCUUCUGUAAAUACAUGAUGAGAGAUUUUUCCUUUGUGGCCUUAUAAAUAUUUUAUCAAUAGGUGAGAGAGAAUUAGGUUUAGUUUGUCUGCUAUCCUAGAUCCAAACUUUGGUUCUCUUUUUUACCAAGUUAUAAGAAGUUUAUGGUGAUAAACUUGUAUAAUUUAAUUGUUUUUUCUAUUUUAGUUUCUAAUUAAGCUGUAAGAAUCAUAAAAAAUGCAGGUGUGCCACAUCAUCCUUGUGUCUU